CACACACACACAGAGAUUUCUGAAGCGAGACAGAGAGGAGGAUGAGACAGUCUCCUGGAGGCACUGGUGACACCGCUCUGCAAAUACCAAGUUGGAGACCGGAGGCAGAAGGAGGGAACCAAGAUGUCCGUGCAAUCUUCCCUCUGACUCGGUCCCCGGUGUUCAUCCAGGGACAGCGUGGUGCUUGAGCAACAGCCGCUGCCUCUGCAGCUUUCCUCCAAGGGGCUGUGUUUGUCACGCUGCAGGAGCUGGUCCAGCCCUGAGGGUUUCCCACCUUCAUCCCUGGCCCUUUGCAACACACAUCUAUGCUCUUUGAGUUCCAGAGAGGAUGUCUCUACCCAAAAUCCAAAUAGAAGAGGCUCUGGACAACACAGAUACUGGCUCUGGAGGUGCUGCUCCUCCUGAUGACCAUCUGAGAAGCCUCAAGGCAUUAACAGAAAAGCUGAGACUGGAGACCAGGCGCCCAUCCUACUUGGAGUGGAAGGCAAAGCUGGAGGAGCAGGCAUGGAAGAGCCCUCAGCCAGCAGGAGAGGAGGAGGCAACCGAGGCCAAAAAGGCCAUGGGAGAGCCUGUCCACUUGAGGAAGGUGCAGCUGCAUCUCAAUGGAAGCCCUGCCCAGGACAAGGUGACUCUUACCUCAGGGAGAAUAGGGGGCUUUGAGAGCAUUGACGAAGCUUUGACAUGGCUCAGAAAGGAACUGGCAGAAAUGCGCCUGCAGGACCAGCAGCUUGCGAGGCAGCUCAUGCGCCUUCGUAGCGACAUCAACAAGCUGAAGAUCGAGCAGACCUGCCACCUGCACCAGCGCAUGCUCAACGACGCCACGUACGAGCUGGAAGAGAGGGACGAGCUCUCUGACCUCUUCUGUGACUUCCCCCUCAUGACCUCCUUCAGCCUCUCCACGCCACUCAAGCUCAUCGGGGUCACCAAGAUGAACAUCAACUCCCGCCGGUUCUCGCUGUGUUGAAGGGGGGAAGAAAAGGGAAGGAUGGGGGAGAAAGAGAGAGAGGACUGGGCAGCACCGGGGCUCUCUCUGCCUGACGCUGGGUGAAAAGAGGCCAAAGAGGAGCAGAGGGAACAGGAGCAAACAGGGAACCCACAGCUGGUCUUGGUGGCAGGGUAGAGCAGCAGAGCUGGGCACUGAGAUGGCCCAGAGAUGCUCGUUGAGAAGAUGAGACCUGCAUGGAGGAAGCGUGGAGAGCAUCUGAAACCAACGUGUGCACUUAGCCUGCUCCUUUGCAAAGUCCCUUCUCCUUCUCUUCCCCCCACAGUAACUAAGAGGACACAGCUCCACUGUGGUUGGUUGUAUUCAAAAAUCAAAGGAGGAGAUCAAAGAUCAGCCACGAAGCAAAGCAAAAUCCCUUCUCCCUUCCCCUUUACCUCCUCCCAGGCUACAGCUGUCUCUUCAGAAAAUACGUCACUCUCCUCCAUGGUUGUCUCUUUGGGCAUCAGUCCUCAGCCUCUGCUAGCCCAAGAAUAGGAUCCAGGGGACUGUUUCAGGUGAGAAGCUGAUUUCCCAUAGAAAGGAGCGCUCUCAGGAGGUGAGGUACCAUGCAUUAAAUGGUAUGCAGCCCCAAGAAGUGGUGAGAAGAUGUUUAUUCACUUGCUCCGUUGAGUCCGGUGUACUCUAGUUUAAUUUUGCUUGUGGUAUAAAUUAUGGACAGAUCAUGAACACAUUUAUAUAGAGACUUCAGUCAGCCAGAAGUCACCUGUGUGCCCUAGGAAUUAUACCCAGAGCAAUACAUGCUUCUGAUUUUGUUGUUAGCAGGGGCCACAGGACACCAUGUGGUUACCCCCGCAAGCAGUAAAAGGAGGUAAAUUACACCCAAGAUGUCUCAGAUCAGAGAAAUCACCCCAGUCUGACAUUCCCCACAACAGCAGCACCAGCAAAUCCUGGAUCCUCUGUAGCAACGGACAUCCAUCAGAGAAAGGGACUUCAGGAGGAGUAAAGGGACUUUUUGUGUAACAAACAUAAAAUGCGACUAUAAGAUUAAAGAGAGAAAUAUUGCUGCAAAGAGCUUUGAACUUGCAACAAACACACGGGUUUCCCUCCCUGCUUGGCAGUAUGUAAGAAGGAUGCUAUAUUUUCUUGCCUUUCAGUGCACACAGAUGCACACCUGCCUGUGCAUGGCACGGAGGCCAGAGACACCCGUGAUGUGGCCCAGCAAGGGCAGGGACUCAAAAGGUCUAGCCAUGGCAAUCUUGGGACACCUGGCACCCAAGGCAGUCUGUCUAGAGGGAGUGUGGGUGCCUUUAGGAUCUGCCUCCUGCGCCAACACCACUCCUGAGCCUGUCAGUGUGGUACAAUCUCUGAACGCAUCGCCCCAGCACGUGCCCGAGCAGAGAGCUCUGUGGCUGAGGGAACGUGACUGUGUCCACACAGCAUCAGCUGACGCCCUGGGGAUGAGCGGGAGAUGCAAGCCAGCACUGAGCUGAAGGCUGUGUGUCUGUGCUGAUGUGCCUGUACCUGACUGUGUCUGUAAACUCUGUGUGUGCAUAAAGUGGGGUGUGUGUGUGUGUGUGUGUGUGUGUGUGUGCGUGUGUGCACGCACAUGGGGCGGAGCAACCCCAAGUACAAAUACAGGGCUCAGCCCCGAGGAGAAGGACUUGGGACUGUUGGAUGGAAAACUGACUGUGAGCCAACAGUGUGCACUUG